AUGCCGCCAGAAGAGGCCUCUCGUAAUCCUGUCGGUGCUGUUUUUCCAGGUCAAUUUCAAUUUUCUUUUAAUGUUUUCAUUACUCAUCUUGUAUCGAGUAGGCUUGUAACCACAUCACUUCACCCACUGAACUCUCGAAUCUGGCGUCUUAGGACAACCAUCGCUUCCCACAAAGAUAAUUUAUCAUCAGAGGUGCGGUUUAAACCAAAGCGCUGUCUUCUGAAAUUCUGGCAGUUUGUAGCCUGCCAAGAUUCUUCUCAUUUCAUGUGCGUCUGCAAAAGUCGGUGUCACAGAGCGACCACGCAGACGGCGCAGACCUUCUCAUUUGUCGCCUGCUAUGCGCAUGUCCACAAGCAUUCGCCGAGCUGUGCUCUAAUCUGCCAUCCUCCUCUUCCGCCUCACAUUCUACCACCGAAGACAAUCCAUAAAAAGAAGAAGAAGGAGAAGUAG